CGCUGGACUGGACCUCCGUAUUUCGAAUCAUUCGAGGGAUUGCACAAGGCGUCGCUCACAUCCACACCAAAGGCGCUGUCCACUUGGAUCUUAAACCAGCCAACAUCCUCUUGGAUUCCGUCAUGAACCCGAAGAUCUGUGACUUUGAGAGGUCUAAAAUACUGAAUCAAAAGGAUGAAGAUGUCGCUGAGAGAGUGACGCAAGAGCUGGCGGGAACACUGGGCUAUUUACCUCCGGAAUAUAUUGCAGAUGGUAUUUUUUCAUUUAAACAUGAUGUGUUCAGCUUCGGCAUUCUCCUCCUCCAUACCAUUAGCAAGUCGGGACUUCUGCAAGAUUCAACUGAUUGGAUUAGGCAUGCACUUGAAGGACAAGUCGAUGUGGAGAGCUUAAUAGGUACUUCAUCACGUGACAAGUCCAAGCUAAAGGAGAUAAAAAGUUGCAUGGACAUCGGACUGCAGUGCGCCGCGAAGGAGCGGACAGACAGACCCACCAUGUGGGAGGUUAUUGACAUGCUAGACGGCAAGGAACAACCCCGGAAGACCCCAAUGAGGAAUAAGGCUUCUUCGUUCAAGAAGAAAGGCAGGGCAUGAUCACUUAGAUAUGUAACGUCUUUGCGUUGG